AUUGAUAAUUGUUAAAUAGUACUAGUGUAAGUCAGAUAACAGGCGAAAGCAAAAAAAUAAGAAACACAAAAAAAAGGAGAGAGAGAGAGAGAGGUUGAAGCGCACUUUGCCACUUUAAUUUCCUGCACGCAUCCACAACGCAAAGAAGAAGGAAAGAAAGACAGAAGAGAGAUAGUGAGAGCAAAGGGGGUUUGUGAAUUUUGUUUGUGCUUCUUCGAGAAAGUCUUGCAAUGCCCUUACCCUCCUUUGAAGAGUUUCAAGGGAAGGUGAUUUCUUCUUAUUUCUCCUCUUCCGACAUAGAGCCCACCUCUGUUCUCAGCCCUCUCACUACAUCCUCCUCCACGGUGUCUUCCUCUCACGGCGUAAACACUGCCGUCGGAGGCAGCGGUGGUGUAUCCACCGCAAUCUCCGGCGGCGGCGAUGAGCAAUGUGGAGGGAGUGAUUGGGAGCAAGUGCUUCCUCCUGCCUCUCCCACCCAUGACCAUGACAACGACCAGAGCAUCCUCAGGCUCAUCAUGAUGGGUGACUCCCAAGAAGAUCCUUCUCACGAACUUAACAACAUUCUCCAGACUUCAUCUGCUUCCCAAUCUCCCGUCACCUUCCACCACUCCGACUACACAUCUCUCGGCACCAGCUUCGGUGUCCUCGAUAAUACCACCGGCGUCUUCGGCUCGGUUCCACCUCUGUUUCAGUCACAAGUCGUCGAGGAGAAGCCGCCACCUCACCCACUCCUAAUCAACCAAAGCCAAACUCAUUUCACCCAGCAACCCUCCCUCUUCUACGGCCACCACCAUACGCUUCCUCCCCCGGCAAAGCGUCUCAACCAAGGCUCCCUUAAUCAGGGAACGCUAACGGAGCAGCUGUUCAAAGUAGCGGAGGUGAUAGAGAGCGGCGGCGACACGUGUCUAGCUCAGGGGAUAUUGGCGCGGCUCAAUCAACAGCUCUCUUCUCCCGCGGCGGGAAAGCCCUUCGAAAGAGCAGCUUCCUACUUCAUAGAGGCUCUCCACAGCUGUCUCCUCCACCACAACAACGCCACCCAACAACAACCCCUCCUAAACCCUUACUCCCUCAUCUUCAAGAUCUCCGCCUACAAAUCCUUCUCCGAGCUCUCCCCCGUCCUCCAGUUCGCCAACUUCACCUCCAACCAAGCCCUCCUCGAGUCCUUCCACGGCUUCAACCGCCUCCACAUCAUCGACUUCGACAUCGGCUUCGGCGGCCAAUGGGCCUCCCUCAUGCAAGAGCUCGUCCUCCUCCGCGACAACAACAACAACGACUCUCCUCGUCCCCUCUCCCUCAAGAUCACACUCCUCGCUUCUUCUCACGACAACGACCUCGAGCUCGGCUUCACUCAAGACAACCUCAAACACUUCGCCUCAGAGAUCAACAUCUCCCUCGACAUCCAGGUCCUCACCUUAGACCUCCUCCUCUCCUUCCCUCCUCCUAACGAGAAAGAAGCCGUCGCCGUUAACCUCUCCCCGUCCUCCUUCUCCAACACCCCUUCCCUCCUCCUCCGUUUCGUCAAACACCUCUCCCCGACCAUCAUCGUCUGCUCCGACAGAGGCUGCGAGAGGACCGACCUGCCUUUCCCGCAGCAGCUCCUCCACUCGCUCCAGUCCCACGCCGCUCUCCUCGAGUCCCUCGACGCCGUCAACGCCAGCCUCGACGCGAUGCAGAAGAUCGAGAGGUUCCUCGUACAGCCGGAGAUCGAGAAGCUCGUCCUCGACCGUAGUAGUAGCAGCCGUCGUCCGGUCGAAAGGCCGAUGAUGAUGACGUGGCAAGCAAUGUUCAUGCAGAUGGGGUUCUCGCCUGUGGCGCACAGCAACUUCACGGAGUCUCAGGCUGAGUGUUUGGUUCAGAGGACGCCUGUGAGAGGCUUUCACGUCGAGAAGAAACAUAACUCUCUUCUUCUCUGCUGGCAAAGGAGAGAACUCGUCGGCGUCUCCGCCUGGAGAUGUCGCUCCUGAGAAUCCAUCACCACCCUCUACUUUUUUAUUUUUUUAUUGUUAAAUGUAUUCUUAAUUUUAAUCUAUCAUCUAAUUAUGACAUAUAUUUUCAUAAUCUUUUGUUCUUCCCGAUAUAUUACUUUACUCGGUGCGAUUCACAAAGUAUAUGAAAUUUUGUGAGUAAUUAAAUUUCUGUUUGGUCA